AUGAAGGCCAUGGAGGAUCAAGUAGUCCAGGAAGAACCAGGAUACCAGGAUGAUGAGGAAUCCUUUUUUCAAGAUAUUGACCUGCUACAGAAACAUGGAAUUAAUGUAGCAGAUAUUAAAAAGCUGAAGUCAGUUGGGAUCUGCACGAUCAAAGGAAUCCAGAUGACCACGAGACGGGCACUGUGCAACGUAAAAGGGCUUUCAGAGGCCAAAGUGGACAAGAUUAAAGAAGCUGCAAACAAGCUUAUUGAACCAGGCUUCCUGACUGCCUUUGAGUACAGUGAAAAACGGAAGAUGGUAUUUCAUAUUACUACUGGCAGCCAGGAAUUUGAUAAACUUCUGGGUGGUGGGAUUGAAAGCAUGGCAAUCACUGAGGCCUUUGGAGAGUUUCGGACAGGCAAAACCCAGAUAUCUCACACACUUUGUGUGACAGCUCAGCUUCCAGGACCAAACGGCUACACCGGUGGAAAGAUUAUCUUCAUUGAUACUGAAAACACUUUCCGACCAGACCGUCUCCGUGACAUUGCCGAUCGCUUCAAUGUCGACCACGACGCUGUGCUUGACAACGUGCUGUAUGCACGGGCAUACACCAGUGAGCAUCAGAUGGAGUUGCUUGACUAUGUCGCAGCCAAGUUCCACGAGGAAGCUGGUAUCUUCAAGCUAUUGAUCAUUGACUCCAUCAUGGCACUUUUCCGUGUGGAUUUCAGUGGUCGUGGAGAGCUGGCCGAACGACAACAGAAAUUGGCUCAGAUGCUGUCAAGGCUCCAAAAAAUAUCAGAAGAAUAUAACGUGGCUGUGUUUGUAACCAACCAGAUGACUGCUGAUCCAGGAGCAACUAUGACCUUUCAGGCAGACCCAAAAAAGCCCAUUGGGGGCCACAUCCUUGCUCAUGCUUCAACGACCAGGAUUAGUUUGAGGAAAGGGAGAGGGGAACUGCGUAUUGCAAAGAUAUAUGACAGCCCUGAGAUGCCUGAAAACGAAGCUACGUUUGCAAUAACUUCUGGAGGGAUCGGGGAUGCCAAAGAAUAG